GCCAUGUCCCAGCAGCACCUCGCCUUCGCCGUCGCCCGCUGGCUGCGCGACAGCGGCAAGGAUGCCGCCGCCGCCGCCGUCGAGCAGGCCUUCUCCGUGCGCACCGCCGACGCCGCACAGGCGGCCCAGUUCGGCGCCGGCCCGGGCCUGCAGCAGAUCUUCGACAUCUUCCUCAAGACGCAGAGCAAGAUGGGCACCGGCGCCGCAAGCAGCGGCAGCGCCAGUGCCGCACCGGCCGCGGCGCCGGCGCCCGCCGCCGCCGCCGCGCCCUCGUCCGACGACCUGGCCAAGGCCGAGGCGCUCAAGGCCGACGGCAACAAGGCCAUGUCCGCCAAGGACUACAGCGCCGCCAUCGCCGCCUACUCCAAGGCCAUCGAGCUCAACGGCGCCUCGGCCGUCUACUUCUCCAACCGCUCUGCCGCCUAUGCGCAGCUCGGCCAGCACGACGCCGCCGUCGCCGACGCGCACGCGGCGCUCGGCGUCGACGCCACCUUCUCUAAGGCCUACUCGCGCCUCGGCCAUGCCCUCUUCUCCUCGGGCCGCUUCCAGGAGGCCGCCGACGCCUAUGCCAAGGGCCUCGAGCUCGACCCGGCCAGCCCGCUCAUGAAGAGCGGCCUCGAGACGGCAAAGAAGCACGCCGCCGACGCCAAGCCGGCGCCGGCGCCUGCGGACGAGGUGCAGAGUGCGCGCGGGGCUCCGGCCCAGGGCGGCGGCAUGCCGGAUCUGUCGGCGCUGGCAGGCAUGAUGGGCGGCAUGGGCGGUGGCGGCGGCAUGCCCGACCUAGCCAGCCUCAUGAGCAACCCGGCGAUCAUGCAGAUGGCGCAGAACAUGAUGCAAAACGGCGGCCUCGAGCAGCUCAUGAACAACCCGAUGCUCCGCAACAUGAUGGGCGGCGCUGGUGGAGGCGGCAUGCCUGACAUCAACGCCAUGAUGCAGGACCCGCAGAUGCGCGAAAUGGCACGGAACAUGAUGGGCGGCGGCGGUGCAGGAGGCGCGGGUGGAGCAGGUGGCGCAGGCGCUGGACGCGGCAGCGGCAAUGGCAGCGGCAGCGGCGGCGGUGGCUCGAGCGGGGCCGACAUGUUCUCGUAGGCGCGCACCGAACGUGCCGGCGGCAGCAGCAGCAGCAGCAGCAGCGAAGCGUCGACGGCGAAUAGAGCAAGCGAAGAUGCACGGCGCCAUUCGACUGAGG